AUGACGCAGAAACGAAUUUACUUCGGGCGGUUCAUUUCCACGCCGAGGCCCGAUGAGCUUCUAAUCAGGACAGGCGCCGUGCUCGUGGACAGGAGAGACGGUCGCGGUGUUAUUGAGAAGGUCAAUUGGAGUGUCAAUGGCCCCAACGAUGCGGUUAGCAAGCUUGGUGUCGAGGCGCCGGUGAUUACGACCAAGGAGACGGGCUUCUUCUUCCCCGGGUUUAUAGAUACUCACAUUCACGCACCACAAUAUCCUAACGUUGGCAUAUUCGGCAAGUCGACGCUCCUGGACUGGCUAACAACAUAUACCUUUCCACUGGAAUCGUCGCUGGGCAACCCCAAGUCGCCUAUGUACCACGACUCAAGCUCACCUCCAGACCCGCUGGCACGGGCCAAGGCGGUCUACAAUCGGGUCAUCUCAAAGACGCUCUCCCACGGCACCACAACCGCAUCAUACUACGCCACCAUCCACGUCGAGACGACUAAUCUGCUUGCCGAACUCGCGUUCAAGAUAGGCCAGCGAGCAUAUAUAGGACGGGUAUGCAUGGACCGCCCCGAGACUUGUCCCGACUAUUACCGAGAUGAAAGCACCGAGCAGACGAUUGCAAACACGAAAGCGAGCAUUGAAUUCUGCAAGGACCUCGACCCCACGGGUGAGAGGUUGGCGCAUAUCAUCACACCGAGGUUCGCGCCCAGCUGCCUACCGGAGACGUUAUCGCAACUUGGCACAUUGGCCAAGAAAGACGAUUUGCGGAUCCAGACGCACAUAUCCGAGAACUUGAACGAAAUCAAGUUGGUGAAGGAGAUGUAUCCAGAGCAUGAGAGUUAUGCUGGAGUCUACGAUCAUCAUGGCUUGUUAACCCCGCGGACGAUAUUGGCGCACGCAGUUCACUUGAGUAAAGAGGAGAUGGCGCUGGUCAAGGCGAGGAAUGCGAAGAUUAGCCAUUGUCCGGCGAGCAAUAGUGCACUGGGUAGUGGAUUUUGUCCUGUCAGGGAAUUGUUAGACGUGGGCAUUGAUGUUGGUUUGGGCACGGACGUUAGUGGCGGGUACAGCCCUAGUAUCCUCGAUGCGGUGCGGAACGCGUGUAUUGUGAGUCGACAUGUUGGGUAUCUCGCGGGAGGGAACAGUCGAUGUAAUUUGAGUGUCGCGGACGGACUGUGGCUUGCUACAAUGGGAGGUGCAAAGGUGGUGGGUAUGGAAGGUCGGUUAGGCGGGUUUGAGGAGGGCAUGCUCUGGGAUGUGCAAGAGAUUGUCCUGGGGGAUGUUGACGAGUUUGGCGACGUGAAUGAGACCGGAGUGGAUAUCUUCGGCUGGGAGGAUUGGGAGAACCGAGUUGCAAAAUGGGUAUGGAAUGGCGACGACAGGAAUGUCAGGCGGGUGUGGGUGGGAGGGAGGCUGGUGCAUGAGCGGAAGUGA